AUGCUGGUCGCGCUGCUCGAGUUCUGCUACAAAUCCAGGAUCGAGUCGCGACGGAUGAAGGAGCUGAUCGAUGCCGCCAUGAUGAGCUCCAGCUUCAGUGGGAUGGCUCCUGGAGGGGGGGCCGUGGUCAUGAGCGCGCUGUCCGCCUCCGGAGCUCCUAUGCUGGGGGAGAACGGUCGAGUGGGCCCCUGUAUGAGCCGAGGAGGGGGGCUGUCCUCCACGGGCAUGUGA